UGCGGUUGGCCGUCACCCCGGCCGGAAAUGAUGUACGUGAUGUUGACGAAACCUGAAACAUGCGAUCGUGCCGUCCUCGUCGCGACAGAUGCUUACGACGUGACAGUUUUCGUAAUUGACAGAUUCCUUUAAAAGAGCAUCGUCGGACGGAAAAUGAAUCCUUCCAGAAGAAGCGAAAGUGAUUGGCAGGGUCUGGUGAACGAGUUCCUGGUUUGCAAGAGAAAGCUGGAGAGUAAGAAGGAGGCACUGCUGAUCUUAUCAAAAGAACUGGACACCUGCCAGCAGGAAAGGGAUCAGUUUAAACUGAUGGCAAACCAGCUCCGUGAACGCCACCAAGGGCUCAAGAAAAAGUACAGAGAGCUUAUAGAUGGCGACCCUUCUCUUCCUCCUGAGAAAAGAAACCAAGUCAAUCUGGCCCAGUUACUGAGAGACUCACGGGAACAGAACAAACAGCUGAGCGAGGAGAUGAAAGAACUAAAGCAACGUUUAGCGGAGGUGCAGGGAGAUAACAAGCUGCUGAGGAUGACCAUCGCAAAGCAGCGUCUGGGGGACGAGGAGGUGGGGUCUCGUCACUUUCCGGCUCACGAGAGGGAAGAUCUCGUUCAGCAGUUAGAAAGAGCUCGAGAGCAGAAUGAAGCACUGGAACAAAGCUUAAAGGCAGCCACAGAUGAGCUGCAGGACGUGAGAGCAGAGCGCAAUGUGUAUCAGGAGAAAGCUCACAGACUAAACCUGGAAAUUAACCACAUUCUGGGAAGCCAUGAGAAUCGUAUCCUGGAUAUAGACGCUCUGUGUAUGGAGAACAGAUAUCUGCAUGAGCGGCUGAUGCAGCUUCAGGAGGAGGUCAGCCUCCUCAAAUCAAACGUCAUGAAGUACAAGAGCGCUUUGGAAAGCAAGAAGAACUGUAAAGUCUACGGCAAGUCCAACAGCAGCGCUCUGACUGGAGUCCUUUCUGCUAAACAAGUACAAGAGCUGUUGCUUUCGGAGGAGAAUGGCUGCAGUCUCCCGGUCACUUCUCAGUCUAUCAGUGACCUGAAGUCCCUGGCCACUGCUCUGCUGGAGACCAUUCAUGAAAAGAACAUGGUCAUUCAGCAUCAACGGCAAACCAACAAGAUCCUGGGUAACCGGGUUGCAGAACUUGAAAGAAAGUUGAAAACUUUAGAGGUGUCAGGGUUGUGGAGUCUGCCAGGCAUCACCUACAAUGUGUCUCUCGGACUAGGGAGAAGGAAAGCCGUGAUUGUCCUGAGUGACUCUCAGCAUGUCCAGUCCACUACAGAACAGUCAGUCCAUCUGACACCAGAGUCAAUGGGAGAUGAGGAGAUAGUUACAGGAGAAGAGGUGACCGAAGACACGGGACUCAGCACAGAUUUCAGCUCAGAUGGGUGUCAAGCAGUGGCGGUCGAGUUGAACCAAGAAAGCGAUUAUUUCAACCGCACGUAUUCAACUCUACAAUUCAGUAAUCCAGAAGAAAGCAUCCAGCCUGAGGAGAGCACACAGUGUAAGAGCCUUUCUUGUUGUGACUCCGAGAAGCCCGUGUGUUCUCCUGAGAGGGGAUCAGAACAACAUGGAUGUCAGUCUUUUAACACAGGGGCGUCUUUGAAAGGUUCAGAAGAAGCUGAUGUGGAGAGCGAUGUUCGUGUCGUUCAUUCCGAGGAAGACUUUGAUGGUCAAGGUGCAUCAGAGGACGGUCGGCCUGUGGCGUCAGAGACCUUGAGCCGUUCUGGAUCUGACUCAUAUACAUCUGAACAAACAGAGCGAUCGGUCGAAGAAGAAGAAACGGAGAACGCUUCCCUAAACACACAUUCUCCUGCUCAAACCUCAGCACACCGGGAAUGAGCUUUCACGAUGUUAAAAAACUGUGAGAGAAGUUCAUUGAAACAACCUCCGUUCAUCUAAAAUCCCAUCAGAUAAUAUAAGCGUUCUGAUUCAGAACUAUAAACAAAAUGUCCAAAUAAAACCUAUUCAUUAUUUAAAUGAAGCUAAAAACAAACUAAAAAGUUCACCAGGAGGCAAGCUGAAUAUUCAAAUUAAUCGUUAUUAAGGUUCAAUCCCUGAUGACAGCCAAUGUAUUUCCGAAGGUUCAUCAAGAAUCUCAAACGAAACCUUAAGAUGUGACGUCACUAUGAUGACGCUAAACCAGCAAGUUUCAUUUUUCCUAACAUUAUUAUACAGUAUUUUGAAGACACGUCCUUGCGUAUUUUGACUGGUGUAUUUUGUGGGCAGAACAUGACAAUUUCGACAAGUUUAACCUUCUUUUUACACUGAGUCAAGUAUAACACGCGAUUCCUGUUCCAUAUGCAAAAGCUAAAGGUUCUUCUUUUUUCUUCGUUUUUGACACUGAAUGUCACAAUUCCAGCCACUCUCAGUUAUUCUAUCUUAUUUAUUAUUUGUGAUCUUGAUGAUUGUAAUCGUGUUUGAUCCGUAAAGGUUGGUGUAAAGUCCUUCUCCGUAGAUCACCUAAUGUUACACUGUAAUAUAGUGUAGAAUUGGAACAAUCAUCAGCUCCAAAGCUUAAAUUAUAUUUAAUUACGCACAAAAGCAAAGCAUCGCAAUACACCAGCCAUUUAGUUUUACACUCUGCUGCUAUAUUAUUGAUUUAUUAUUGCAUCAGUUUAUUUGGUUUGCUUAGACUUGACUUGUCGGUUGCGCCAAAACUAUUUGUAAUGAUAGAAGGAUUAUCUUGUUGUAUAUGUCCUGAAGUCAUUGAAAUAAAGAGUAACAUUCUCCAUUACAAA